AUGCUGAAUAAAAUUAAAAUAAUUGGUAAGAUUUUACUGAACGAAAUAAAAGACGAAAACGAAAAAAGUGAUAGUGAACUUGGAAAUGAUUUGCAGGAAGUAGGAGGGGAAAUGACCGAAAGAAUUAAGAAAGAAGUCAAAAAGGAUGAAGUAAUAGAAAUCCACGGCUAUUUAAGAAACGAAAAAAAUAGCCGCCAGAUCUUAGUAAGAGUUGUAGAGUUUAGCAAAAUUGAGAUAGAUCUUGAGAGAAUUGGUGAAGUUAAUUCUAAUCAGGUAAGGUUGAUUGGUAAAAUAAUCACCGAUUUACAAGCUGUCGACAGUAAACCAAACCCAGAGACGGUGUCCUUCAAAUUGGCUGUUCCUCGCGAAGGAGUUAAAUCUCCCCUUUUCUUUUGUCGGGUUAAUGAAAAAGAGUUAAUCCCUGAAUUUAAUGAGAAAUUAAGAAAAGGAGACGUUAUUUUCUUAGAAGGAUAUUUACAAACUCAAAAGAUAUUGGAAGAAAACGAUGGUGAAAAAAAAAUUGCUCGUAUUUCCUCAAUUAUCUGCUAUGGAUUUACUCUGCUUGAUAAUGACUCAGCAAGCGUUUUCAACCCGCUUGGUAAUUUAGUGCGAGUGUUCAAAGAAGUUAGCAAAAUUGAUUUUAGCAAGCCCAAACCUAGAACCAAGGAACAAAUUGAAUAA